AUGGAUAAUACAUACAAUGAUUCACAUCGAUUAUUUAUACAAUCCAUGUUUUCAAAACGAAUCAUUACCGAAGAUGAUGCUUUAAAACUUUAUGAUCAAGUAUGCGAACUAACAGGACUCCCUGCCACUGAAGAUUAUCCAUUAUUUAUUUCAUCCUUAAACGAAGAGUUAGCAGAAUUGGAUUAUUCACUAAGAAUAUCGCAUGACGAACGUGAUGGGAUUGCUUAUUUGACGUUAGUUAAUGUCAAACAGGAUCCAGUAACUGAAUUAGCAACAACAUUUACACCCAUCGAAAUAAGUUACAUUCGAGAAUUAUUUGAAAAGAUUAUUACAGCAGAUAAUGAGAAUUUUGCACUUUCAACAAGAGCAGCUAUUAAUCUAGGCCACAGUGUCGAAUCACGAUUAACACUUAAAGACACACAAGACAUUUUGGAUCGUCUAGUUCAAGAUCGUUGGAUUGCAAUGGAAGAAAAGGGGGUUUAUUAUCUUGAUACACGUGCUAUUGCUGAACUACAAUCCUACUUUCGUGAACAAUAUAGUGACAUUGUUAAAGAAUGUACAACUUGCUUAGACUUCAUUACAAUGGGUGAACGAUGUGAGGUUGAGGAAUGUCCUGUGCGUCUUCACAAGUAUUGUGCAGAUAAACUAUUUGCCAACAAGAAUAAUCCUUGUUGCCCUCAAUGUUCAACACGAUGGAAUAGAUCAAAUACAUUUGGACUAGGUCUACCUGAUGACACUACGGAUUUUAGUGAUGAUUAA